AUGGUGUCGGUGAGGGCAACAACGGCAAUCGCUAACAACAACUACCGCAGAUAUGUCGGCACUAUCCAAGCGUUAUGGAGUUUAUGGGGGCAAUACGUACCAGAAAGCUUUAUGGCAUUUCUGUCAGAGCUCGAGACCACUUUCAUCAGAGAAGCCAGCAACUCGAACUUUUGGGAAGAGUACCGAAAUCAUUACGACUACAUUAGCCGGCCGGGCCGUCUUCAUCUGGCUGGGCGAUUAACGGCAUACGCCAACGGCGCAAAAAUAUGGUUUGCACGAGAGGACCUGAACCAUACUGGAUCGUCCAAAAUUGUCAACGCCUUGGGCCAAAUCCUCCUCGCUAGGCGGAUGGGGAAGAGAAAAAUUGUGACAGAGACGGGAUCAGGUGAAAAUGGCGUUGCCGCAGCCGCUCUAUGUGCGAAGUUCGGCCUGGAAUGCAUUGUCCAUGUUGGAGCAAAAGACGUAUCACGACAAUCGACAAAUGUGAGGACGAUGAUGACAUUGGGGGCUGAGCUUGUUAUUAGCAAGACAGGAAGCCAGACUCUCCGGGACGCGAUGAACGAGGCCAUGCGUGCUUGUGUCGUGGAUGAUACAUCAUUCUAUUUAGCCAGUACACCAGUGGGACCUUAUCCAAUUCCUCUUAUCGUCCGAACAUUUCAGUCGCUUAUUGGUGCGGAAACAAAAAGGCAAGCCUUAGAGAAGAUAGGGCGGCUACCCGACGCGGUUGUCACCUGUGUCGGCACUGGUGUAGAUGCCGUUGGACUUUUCCCUCCGUUCCUGGAGGAUACUAGAGUCAGGCUGGUAGGCGUUGAAGCUGGAGGAUGUGGUGUUCACACCUCCUUACACAGUGCUGCGUUAUCAAGAGGGAGAGGGGGUGUCUUCCAGGGCGCUAUGACAUAUGUGUUGCAGGACGAUCAUGGCCAAGUCAGACACAGCCAUUCUAUUGCUGCCGGCCUGGAUCACCCUGCCGUCGGCCCUGAACUGAGUUUUUGGAAGGAUUCUGGGCGCCUUGAAGUUCUUUCAGUAACAGAUGAGGAAGCUUUGAGUGCCUUCCGGCUAACAUGUCAACUUGAAGGUAUCCUUCCAUCGCUGGAGUCCGCACAUGCCAUCCAUGGUGCUGUUGAAGCGGCGAGGUCAAUGGGAAAUAGUGAUAAUAUAAUUGUUUGCGUCAGUGGAAGUGGUGAAAAGGACAUUAACACAGUUAGCGGUACAAUUGUCUAG